GCAGAAAUGACAUUUCAAUUGGAAAAUGAAACAAGUUCAAAGUAUCCAUUGAUGUGUGUUUACUGGGAUUUCAAAGCAAAUGAUGAAAAAGGAGGAUGGUCUAGUCAAGGCUGCAAAUGGGAGAGACAAGAUUCUAACUCAACCACCUCAUUAUGUGUUUGUGACCACUUGACGUCUUUCUCCGUGCUAAUGUCAAAAUUCCCUAUCAGUUUGCCUUGGCUUGAUGAAAUUGGUUAUGUUGGAGUGGGUGUGUCCAUUUGUUCCCUUAUGCUAUGUCUCUUAAUUGAAUUUUUAGUAUGGAAUUCAGUAGUUAAGUCAAACAUCUCCCAUUUUCGACACACAGCCCUUGUUAACAUUUCUCUGUCUUUGUUUAUUGCAGACUGCUGCUUUUUGUCUGCUUCUUUCCAAGCUGGCAAGGGUAGUAAACUCUGUUUAGCGCUAGCAAUGGCCAUGCAUGUUUCUUUCUUAGCGAUGUUCUUUUGGAUGCUCUGUCAAAGCAUAAUGCUUCUUCACCAAAUGAUUUUUCUCUUCCAGCAACUGAGAAAGAAAAUGUACCUGUCUUUUUCAUUUGCUCUUGGCUACUUAGGCCCAAUGUGCAUUGCGAUUGGAACAUACAUAGUAAAUCCCAGUAAAUACCAUAGGAAAGAUUCCUGCUGGCUAACGUACGAAGGGGGGAUGAAUGGAUCAAUUUUUGCUUUUGUUCUACCUGUUGGAAUCAUUGUUAUCAUCAAUACGUUUACUUUGGUUGUGGUCAUUUCAAAGCUGUUGAGACCUUCGGUAUCAGAGGGAGGUAAAGGAGAUGAAAUGGAGACUGUAAAAAGUAUAAUGAAAGCAGUUAUUAUCCUGACUCCAGUAUUUGGAUUAACAUGGGCCCUGGGAUUCCUUACUAUGAUAUUUGACCUUCCAGAAACGUUUGGAGCUAAAGCAGUUCACUAUUUGUUUUCUAUAUUAAACUCAUUACAGGGCCUGUUUAUUUUGAUAACCGGGUGCUUUACAGAGAAAAAGGUGCGAGAUGCCCUCUUGAUACGGGUGAACUCUGUGUACGCUCAACCUUCCAAGAGUGAAACCUGUGAUUCUGUAAAGAAGUGAAGAAAGUAAUGACGACAGAUUUAAAAUUGGAAGAACCUGAAAUGCAAUAUCGGGCCCUCUUUACAAGGAUAUUUAAUUAAGUAAUCUUAUGUAUAAAUAAAAUAAAGGUUGUAAUAAAUGGAACUGUUGUAGACUGUUUUUAGUCUAGAAUAGCAGCCUAGAAUAGUUAUGUAUGCUGGAAAUACGCUAUUGUUACCUUGUUUACAAACUAAUCUUUUUUUAUGCAUUAGAAAAGCAUCUGUUGUGUUCAGCCAAAAAUAACUCUCUUACUGUUUAAAUUGCUUUUCAGUUCUAACUCAUUAGUAGUUACCACAGCCUCAGUUUCAAUAUGUGUACAAACAAAUACAUCAAAAUACAUAAAUUCAAACAGCUCUGGUAAGAAAUACUCCAGGUUGCAUAACUCCAAGUAAUUUGAACAGAAGGGGCUUUGUGUCUCCUUAAGGAAAUGUAUAGACAACAAAACUGGCCUGUAUUUUCCACAAUGGACAACUAGAAAGGGAAAUAGCCCACUCAGGUAAUAUGUGAAGUGGGAAAUUUCCCAGCAUUGGAAAACCAAGCCAUCUGUGUUUUACAGUCUAAGAAUGGGAAAGCAAGAAUAGCGGAACAAUUAUGAUAAAUGUAGGAUUUUUGUUUUGUUUUUGU